CUGGCUUCAGUGCCAGGCAUGAGAUGAUGACCGAGCUGGUGCAUCCUAAAGAUCAAAAUGGCGUUUAACUGUAGCGAUUCGAAAGCGCCGUUGCGGUCUGUAAAACGAGUGCAGUUCGGUAUAAUCAGCCCAGAUGAAAUCCGUCGCAUGUCGGUCUCGGAAGGGGGCAUCCGCUACCCUGAGACCUAUGAGGGGGGCCGGCCCAAAAUGGGGGGCCUCAUGGACCCCCGGCAGGGCGUCAUGGACAGGAAUUCCCGCUGCCAAACAUGCGCAGGCAACAUGACCGAGUGUCCAGGACACUUCGGACACCUCGAGUUGGCCAAGCCGGUGUUCCACGUGGGAUUCCUCAAGCAGACCAUCAAGAUCCUGCGAUGCGUCUGCUUUUAUUGCUCAAAAAUGCUCGUCGGGCCUAACAACCCGAAAAUCAAAGAAGUGGUCUUGAAGACGAAGGGCCAGGCGAGGAAGCGUCUCGGCUUCGUGUACGACCUCUGCAAGGGCAAGAACAUCUGCGAGGGCGGCGACGAGAUGGACCUGUCCAAAGACCCAGAACGAAAUCCAGACGAUGCUGGAGGUGCUGGGAAAAAGCAAGGCCACGGUGGUUGCGGCCGCUACCAGCCCAACAUUCGGCGCGCUGGCCUCGACCUCACAGCCGAGUGGAAAUUCGUCAACGAGGAUGCGCAGGAGAAAAAGAUCAACCUCUCGGCCGAGAGGGUCCAUGAAAUUUUCAAAGCCAUUUCAGACGAAGAGUGCUUCAUCAUGGGGAUGGACCCGAAAUUCGCGCGUCCAGACUGGAUGAUCCUGACGGUGUUGCCGGUGCCGCCGCUGGCGGUGCGUCCGGCCGUGGUGAUGUACGGCUCGGCGCGCAACCAGGACGAUUUGACGCACAAACUGGCCGACAUCAUCAAGUCGAACAACGAGCUGGCCCGCAACGAGCAGGCGGGCGCCGCGGCGCACGUGCUCUACGAGAACACCAAGAUGCUGCAGUUCCACGUGGCCACGCUGAUCGACAACGACAUGCCGGGCAUGCCGAGGGCCAUGCAGAAGUCGGGCAAGCCGCUGAAAGCCAUCAAGGCGCGUCUCAAGGGCAAGGAAGGCCGCAUCAGAGGAAAUCUCAUGGGAAAGCGUGUCGACUUCUCCGCGCGAACGGUCAUCACGCCUGACCCCAACUUGCACAUCGACCAGGUCGGCGUCCCCAGGUCCAUCGCCCAGAAUCUGACUUUUCCCGAGAUUGUCACACCCUUCAAUCUCGAACACAUGCAAGAGUUGGUGCGUCGCGGCAACUCUCAAUACCCAGGUGCCAAAUACAUCGUGCGCGACAACGGCGAGCGCAUCGACUUGCGUUACCACCCAAAGCCGUCCGACUUGCACUUGCAGUGCGGCUACCGCGUGGAGCGGCACAUCCGCGACGGCGACCUGGUCAUCUUCAACCGUCAGCCGACGCUGCACAAGAUGAGUAUGAUGGGCCACAGGGUGAAGGUGCUGCCCUGGUCCACCUUCCGCAUGAACCUGUCCGUCACGUCGCCCUACAACGCCGAUUUCGACGGCGAUGAAAUGAACUUGCACGUGCCCCAGUCGAUGGAGACGCGUGCCGAGGUCGAGAACAUUCACGUCACGCCCAGACAGAUCAUCACGCCGCAGGCCAACAAGCCCGUCAUGGGCAUCGUGCAGGACACUCUGACGGCCGUGCGGAAGAUGACGCGGCGCGACGUGUUCAUUGAGAAAGACCAGAUGAUGAAUCUGCUGCUCUUCUUGCCCAUUUGGGACGGCAAAGUGCCGCAGCCCGCCAUUUUGAAGCCAAAGCCGCUGUGGACGGGCAAGCAGCUCUUCUCACUCAUCAUCCCUGGCAACGUCAACAUGAUCAGGACCCACUCAACGCAUCCUGACGACGAAAACGCAGGUCCGUACAACUGGAUUUCUCCUGGCGACACAAAAGUUAUGGUGGAGCACGGCGAGCUGAUCAUGGGCAUCCUCUGUAAGAAGUCUCUCGGAGCCUCCGCCGGCUCCCUUUUGCACAUCUGCAUGUUGGAGCUGGGCCACGAGGAGUGCGGCCGCUUCUACGGCAACAUUCAGACGGUGGUGAACAACUGGUUGCUGCUCGAGGGCCACUCGAUCGGCAUUGGCGACACGAUUGCCGAUCCGCAGACCUACACUGAGAUCCAGAAGGCCAUCAAGAAGGCCAAGGAAGACGUGAUUGGCGUCAUCCAGAAGGCGCACAACAUGGAGCUCGAGCCCACGCCCGGCAACACGCUCCGGCAGACCUUUGAGAACCAGGUCAACCGCAUUUUGAACGACGCUCGUGACAAGACUGGUGGCUCGGCCAAAAAGUCGCUUACAGAGUACAACAACCUCAAGGCUAUGGUCGUCGCUGGCUCCAAGGGAUCCAACAUUAACAUUUCGCAGGUUAUUGCUUGCGUGGGUCAGCAGAACGUGGAGGGCAAGCGAAUUCCGUUUGGCUUCCGCAAACGAACGCUGCCCCACUUCAUCAAGGACGAUUACGGCCCCGAGUCGAGGGGCUUCGUGGAGAAUUCGUACCUAGCCGGUUUAACACCGUCCGAAUUCUACUUCCACGCCAUGGGCGGUCGCGAGGGUCUGAUCGACACUGCGGUGAAGACGGCCGAGACGGGCUACAUCCAGCGUCGUCUGAUCAAGGCCAUGGAGUCGGUGAUGGUGCACUACGACGGCACCGUCCGCAACUCGGUCGGCCAGCUGAUCCAGCUGCGUUACGGCGAGGACGGCCUGUGCGGCGAGACGGUCGAGUUCCAGACGCUGCCCACCAUCAAACUGUCGAACGACGAGUUCGAACGCAACUACCGCUUCGACCCCAGCAACGAGCGCUACCUGCGCCGCGUCUUCUCCGAGGAGGUGGUCAAGGAGCUCAUGGGCUCCGGCGAGGUCAUCUCGAACCUCGAGAAGGAGUGGGACCUGCUCAAGAAGGACCGCGAGAGCAUGCGCGAGACCUUCCCUAGCGGCGAUGACAAGGUGGUGUUGCCGUGCAACUUGGAGCGUUUGAUUUGGAACGCGCAGAAAAUCUUCCACAUCAACAAGCGGCUGCCAACGGACCUGUCGCCCUUGUCCGUGAUCGAUGGUGUGCGCAAACUGUUAAACAAUUGCAUCAUCGUGGCCGGCGAGGACAGGCUUAGCAAACAGGCCAACGAGAACGCGACGCUGCUGUUCCAGUGCCUCGUGCGCUCCAUUCUCUGCUCCAAGAAUGUCGCAGACAAGUACAGACUCAGCGCCGAGGCCUUUGAGUGGCUCGUCGGCGAAGUCGAGACUAGAUUCCAACAGGCUCAGUGCCAGCCUGGUGAGAUGGUGGGCGCCCUGGCGGCGCAGUCCCUCGGAGAACCCGCCACUCAGAUGACAUUGAACACUUUCCAUUUUGCUGGUGUGUCGUCGAAGAACGUGACACUUGGUGUGCCCAGGCUCAAGGAAAUUAUCAACAUCAGCAAGAAGCCCAAGGCUCCGUCUCUGACUGUCUUCCUCACCGGUGCCGCCGCCAGGGACGCUGAAAAGGCCAAGAACGUCCUCUGCAGACUGGAACAUACCACUCUCAGAAAGGUGACGGCAAACACGGCCAUCUACUACGACCCUGACCCGCAGAACACUGUGAUCGCGGAGGACCAGGAGUUUGUCAACAUUUACUACGAGAUGCCCGACUUUGACCCGACGCGAAUCUCGCCGUGGCUGCUGCGUAUCGAGCUGGACCGCAAGCGCAUGACGGACAAGAAACUGACCAUGGAGCAGAUCGCGGAGAAGAUCAAUCUAGGAUUCGGCGACGAUCUCAACUGCAUCUUCAACGACGACAACGCCGAGAAGCUGGUGCUGCGCAUCCGCAUCAUGAACAGCGGCGGCGACGACGGAAAGUUCGACGACGACGAGCAGCAGGCGGACAAAAUGGAGGACGACAUGUUCCUCCGGUGCAUCGAGGCCAACAUGCUCUCCGACAUGACCUUGCAGGGCAUCGAGGCCAUCUCCAAGGUGUACAUGCACUUGCCGCAGACCGACUCGAAAAAGAAAAUCGUGAUCACGGACAACGGGCGGUUCAAGGCGAUCGCCGAGUGGCUGCUCGAGACGGACGGCACCAGUCUGAUGAAGGUGCUGAGCGAGCGGGACGUCGACCCUGUGCGCACCUCCUCCAACGACAUUUGCGAAAUCUUCUCCGUGCUCGGCAUCGAGGCCGUGCGUAAAUCCGUAGAGAAGGAAAUGAACGCCGUGCUGCAGUUCUACGGCCUCUACGUGAACUACCGGCAUUUGGCGCUGCUUUGCGACGUCAUGACCGCCAAGGGACAUCUCAUGGCCAUCACUCGUCACGGAAUCAACAGACAGGACACUGGUGCCUUGAUGAGGUGCAGUUUUGAAGAGACAGUUGACGUGCUGAUGGACGCUGCGUCGCACGCCGAGCAGGACCCGAUGCGCGGUGUCUCUGAGAACAUUAUCAUGGGCCAGCUGCCGCGCAUGGGCACCGGCGCCUUUGACUUGCUGCUCGACUCUGACAAGUGCAAGCACGGCAUCGAGAUCCCGAUGCACCUCUCUUCUGGCGUCGUUCUCGGCGCCCCAGCGGGCGGAAUCUUCGUCGGCGCUUCCACCCCCAGCAGCAUGAGUCCUCACAUGACGCCGUGGAACCAGGGAACGCCGGCGUACCCGCACGCGUGGUCUCCAGGCCUGGGCAGCGGCAUGACGCCCGGCGGGCCGGGCUUUUCUCCUUCGGGCUCGAGCGACGCCUCCGGCCUGAGUCCCGGCUACAGCCCCGCGUGGUCGCCGCAGCCGGGCUCUCCAUCCGCCAGCCCGAGCAUGAGUCCUUACAUUCCGUCGCCGGUGGGCGCGUCGCCAAAUUACAGCCCGUCGAGCCCGGCGUACGCUCCAGCGUCGCCGUCGAUGACGCCGUCGUCGCCAAACUACUCUCCCACCAGUCCGAGCUACCUGACCAGCCCGUCGUACUCGCCGACGUCGCCGAACUACCCGGCUUCGCCAAAUUACAGCCCUUCGAGCCCGGGAUUCUCAGUCUCGUCGCCCCGCUACUCGCCCACCAGCCCCUCCUAUUCGCCCACGUCGCCAUCGUACUCCAUGUCGCCAAGCUACUCUCCACAGUCUCCGAACUACUCUCCGCAGUCGCCAUCGUACUCCCCGCAAUCACCGUCGUACUCUCCGCAGAGCUACUCUGCGACGACGCCGUCGUACUCUCCAAACAGCCCGUCGUACUCGCCGACCUCCCCAUCGUACUCUCCGACCUCUCCGUCGUAUUCUCCCACCUCUCCGUCGUACAGCCCAAGUUCGCCGUCGUACUCCCCCUCCUCCCCGGCGUUCAACCCAAGCUCGCCGUGCUACACGCCAGCGUCUCCGUCGUAUGGCGGCUCCCCGUCGUACUCGCCGUCUAGUCCCAACUACUCGCCGUCGAGUCCGAACACGUUCAGCCAGACGUCUCCAAAGUACUCUCCGUCGUCGCCGUCGUACUCUGUGUCGUCGUACGCGCGCUCGUCGCCGCAGUACUCGCCCAGCAGUCCGCAGUACUCGUCGUCGUCGCCGCAGCACCAGCCGGCGUCCGGCUCUGGCCGCUACGGCGCCCCCGGUGGCGCCAGCCCCAAGUACGCCUCGGCCUCGAGCUCGUACUCUCCGCAGCAGCCGCAGUACUCGCCGUCGAGCACAAAGUACUCGCCGACCAGCCCCACCUUCUCGGCGUCGCCCAAGGACGGCAGCACCAGCGGCCAGGCCAGCUACUCGCCCACCUCCCCCAGCUACAGCCCCACGUCGCCCGCCUACGACCCUGACGACGACAUGUAAACACCACGCCCCCCUCUUCAACAAUGAAAAUAUGUAUUUAAAAAGACUGAAUCAAAAAUGGGAGUGAACGACGAGGCGUGUAAAUUGUGACUCUCCUCGCCGCAGCACUGUCCUGCUCGGGCCGCUACUCGCCCUUGAGCCCAAGGACGGCAGCACCAUCGGCCAGGCCAGACGACAUGUAAAUACCACGCCCCCUGUUCAACAGUGUAAAUACAAAGACUGAAUCAAUAAUGGGAGUGAACGACGAGGCAUGUAAAUUGUUUCUACUGUAAAUUGUGACUCUCCUCGCCGCAGCACCGUCCUGCUCAGUCCUGCUCGGGCUGCUAUUCGCCCUUGAGUUCAAAAGACGGCAGCACCAGCGGCCAGGCUACAUGUAAACACCACGCCCCCUUUUCAACAGUGUAAAUACAAAGACAAUCAUUAAUGGGAGUGAACGACGAGACGUGUAAAUUGUGACUCUCCACCACGCAGCACCGUCCCGCUCGGGCCGUUACUCGCCCUUGAGCCGAAGGACGGCAGCACCAGCGGCCAGGCCAGAGGACAUGUAAAUACCACCCCCCCCUUUCCACAAUGAAAAUGUGUAAAUAAAAAGACUGUGAAUCAAAAAUGGGAGUGAACGACGGGGCAUGUAAAUUGUGACUCUCCUCGCCGCUACUCUCGCUUGAGCCCAAAGUCUGCAGCACCAGCGGCCAGGCCCAGGCCAGGCCAGAGGACAUGUAAACACCACGCCCCCUUUUCAGCAGUGUAAAUACAAACUCAUGCAUUAACGGGAGUGAACGACGAGGCGUGUAAAUUGUUUUUACUGUAAAUUGUGACUCCUCGCCGCAGCACCACCCCGUUCGGGCCGAUACUUGCCCUCGAGCCCAAGCCCAAGGGCAGCAGCACCAGCGGCCAGGCCAGCUACUCGCCCACCUUUCCAGCUACAGCCCCACGUCGCCCGCCUACGCGCCUACGACCCUGACGACAUGUAAAUACCACGCCCCCCGCCCCCCUUUUCUACAAUGAAAAUGUGUAUUUAAAAAGACUGUGAAUCAAUAAUGGGAGUGAAGGACAAGGCAUGUAAAUUGUUUUUACUGUAAAUUGUGACUCUCCUCGCCCUUGAGCCCAAAGACGGCAGCACCAGCGGCCAGGCCAGAGGACAUGUAAACACCACGCCCCCUUUUCAACAGUGUAAAUACAAAGACUGAGUCAAUAACGGGAGUGAACGACGAGGCAUGAAUCUUUUUAUUGUUGUGUGACACUUGCAUCUAGACUCGUUGCGACACAUCGGCAACCUUGCCCUCUCUUGUGUUUUUCUCCUCGCCGCAGCACCGUCCUGCUCAGUCCUGCUCGGGCCGCUAUAUUCGCUUUUGAGCCCUAAAGACGGCAGCACCAGUGGCCAGGCUAGACGACUUGCAAACACUCGAUAAAAAGGACAUUGAACUCUGAUUAGUCUGAUUUAGUCAGGAACGGGAGUGAACGACGAGGAACUAUCGAUCGUUUUUACUUUAGUGACACUAGCAUAUUGGUUCGUUACGACGCAUCGGCAGCGUUGCCGUUUGUCGUCUCCUGCAUUUUUCUUCUCGCUGCUUAAAUUUUGCAUUUGUAAUUCUUCAUCUUGAAAACUGAAUGUUAUCAACGCUCUAUUUUAAUUUAAUAAAGAUGUAAAUAUAAAU